AUGUCAAUUAGAGAGGAUCGUCGUUGUUUGUGCAAUGCUGAAAUGUUUAUCAUGUAUAAUGAAAACUCUCAAGUGAAUUUAAGUACACAUGGAAUGCAUGAUGGAAGCAUCGCUAAUGCUACUGCUAAAGACGAAUGCUACAACUCUCUGAUCGCAGAUAAAUCUAGAUUUAAUGAUCUCAUUUGA